AUGGAGGAUGUUGAUGCCAUAACGAAAAAUGCCGAGCGGCCAGCUGAAGAGCAGCAGCGUGAUCGGAAUGACAGCGAGCCGGGUCUGGAACAGCACAAAGCAUCAAAAUCACAAAGAACGAUACCGCAAAAAUUAAAGACAUCCGAAAAGAGGCGCAUUCAGAAUCGUGCAGCACAAAAGACUUAUCGAGAAAAACAGAAAAGAAGACUGCAGGCUCUAGAGCUGUAUGCUAAAUCCCAAACGGCUACUUCUCAAGAUGAAGUAACCUUCUCCACUCCAUCGUCCACUCUUGGCCAAGAUGUAGCUGGCAUGCUUGGCAUGGAUUCGCCAAUCAUGGGGAUACCAGAUUUAUUACAACACCACAACCUUCCAACCCCUGAAAUUGGCAUAAAUGAUCUUGUAAGCUGCGACCCAAGCCUCAAUGCAGCUCCUUCAAAUGGUCCAGCAAGUGGAUCUAUCCCAAUAUACGACGAAUACGUACCGAGCAGUAAUUUGCAGGUGGAUAAUGCUCUAAACUCUAGCAAAUCAUUUCAAGACGACUUGUUUUCAGAAUCAAGAAAUAGACUCUCAUCUCAUCCGGGACCGGAGGUUAUCGCUCCAGAGAACAGCCUUGGUUCAUGCCAUUUGCAGCAGAAUCAUGUGCGAACACGCAGUGACAGCGCGCCAAACGGUGAAACUCAUAAUGAAAGCGACGCGGAUAGUUUACUUGCGCAGUUUCUCCUGCAAGAUGAUGUUACCUUAAGUAGAGGUCUGCUUAGAGAUAUUCGAAAACACAAGAUAACUUUGAGAGAUGUCCUAAGGCUGGGCCUUCGGUCGCUGGAGGGCAAGUCAUGCGGCACACAAGGGGGUAUGAGAGUGACUGAAAACUCAUUACAACAGCGUGCAUAUCUACAGCUCCCUGACCUCCACAGUAAUACAAUUCGCGUCACGCAAAUGUCGUUUGUGGCAGCUGUUUUACACAACGCUUCCAUGCUUGGCAUAACGGCAUCCGAGAUACUUUCGCAAGAUACUGAGUCUUGUUUUUAUACCGGCAGAAGCACUUCAGAUGCAGCAGAACAUGUCGCCCAACAGCCCGCGCUUGAUAACAUUAAAGAACAUUUGAAACCAACUCAAAAUCAACUCACACAUCGCCACCACCCGUAUAUAGACACUCUCCCAUUUCGAGUUUUUCGCGAACGUUUAAUAGCACUGAUUCACGCUCAGCCCCCCAUAAUCGAUAUGCCAGAGCUCUGCCACGAUUUGCAGAGUGAUGGGGUUAUAUGUUGGGGAUCCAGCGCUGGAGCCGGGACUGGACAUUCGGGAGCUCCGUGGGACAUUCGAAGCUGGGAAGUACGGCCAUGGUUUCUGAGAAAGUGGUGGAUGCUGACGGAAGGGGCUGAUGGAGAGAUGUAUCAGCAGGCAAGAUGGUGGUGCGAGAUGAGAGGCGAGGAUAUGCCAGCUGUGUGGUGAUGGACUGAUGCAUGCUUUUGGAUUCUCCAAUAUACUCGCGUUCAUAUGAGUUGAACGAGUUCACAACUGUUGCCGAGUUGAGAAGUGGGGCUUUCUAGAGCUUGGUUGGCAAUAAUACGGUGCCAUUGACAAGCAUAGCUUCAGUUACACAUUGGAAGAUGGCUAUGAGGACUACUAGCGA